AUGUUUGAUUACCAUGCGAAAUCAGCGGGAUCUGUCUCCAGAGAGCUCGCCAAUGACCGCGAUGCAUCCUAUCUUGCACGAAUCGGGAAGCAACAGGUCACGAAGCGAAACUUUGGCUUCAUGAGCAUGGUUGGAUUGGCUUGCACUUUGAUGUCCACUUGGGAAGGCAUUCUUGUUGUAUUUGCUGUCGGCUAUCAGAAUGGAGGGCCAGCAGGCCUGAUCUAUGGCUUCUUGCUUAUCUGGGCCGGUACUACAUCGGUAUUUAUAGUCAUGGGAGAAUUAUCGUCCAUGAUCCCAUCUGCCGGUGGUCAGUACCAUUGGGUGUUCCUGUUGGCUCCCAAAAAUUACAGGAAGAUCUUGAGCUACGUUACUGGUUGGCUCACCUGUAUUGGAUGGAUUGCAAGUGUAGCUGCUGCGAGUUUGUUCUGCAGCAGUUUGGUUCAAGCGUUGAUUGUCGAGAACAAUGGCAGCUACUUUCCGCAGCGGUACCAAGAGACUUUGAUCUUUUGGGCUGUGAUCCUUCUUGCAAUCUUUGUCAAUGUCGUUGUCAGCCCAGCUUUGCCGAAGAUUGAGGGAUUCAUUCUCAUCAUCCAUAUCCUAGGGUUCUUCGCUGUCCUGAUUCCUCUUGUCUAUCUCGGCCCUCGAGGUAACACCAAAGAAAUAUUCACCACUUUCUUGAAUGGAGGGAAUUGGCCUACUCAAGGCCUUUCUUUCUUCAUCGGUCUUGCUGGAAAUGCGGUUGCUUUCAUAGGCGCUGACGGAGCUGUUCAUAUGUCCGAAGAAAUCAAAAACCCUCGUAUGAAUGUGCCUCGAGCAAUGAUUGCUGGUAUAUUCAUCAACGGCGUCCUGGCGUUUGGAAUGCUACUCGCUGUUCUUUACUGCGCAGGAGAUCUUGACGCAGCAUUUGCCAGCUCCACAGGUUAUCCCUUUAUUGAGAUUUUUGCUCAGGCAACAGAGUCUGUUGGAGGUGCUACUGCCAUGGCCUCGAUCGUCGUCUUCAUUGCUUUUUUCACGGCAAUUGGAGCGGUGGCUGCUGCAUCGAGACAACUGUGGGCUUUUGCUAGAGAUCGUGGAGUACCAUUUUGGACCAGCUUGGGCAAAAUCAACACCCGAACGUCGGUACCGCUAGCUGCGAUCGUCGUAGUGACAGUGUCGCCAUGUCUCCUGGCAUUAAUCAACAUCGGAAGCACCACAAUCUUCAACGACAUCUUGUCUCUGGUCCUAGCAGGUCUUUUCUCCUCGUACGAAAUAGCUGCCGGAUUGCUUCUCUAUCAUCGCUGUACUGGUGGCAUACAAAUCGAAAACGACAACGAUUCUAAUAUGACUUCACCCUUGGAAAAGCUCACUUGGGGACCUUGGAGGAUCAAAGGUGUUCUUGGCAUAGCCAAUAAUCUCUUCGCUUGCAUUUGGCUCAUUAUCAUCAUAUUCUUCAGCUUCUUUCCUCCUACUGCGCAAGUUGUUCCCUCUACGAUGAACUAUAGUGUGUUGGUCUUUGGAGCGGCGGUAAUAUUUAGUAUAGUCUACUACCUGUUCUGGGCCAAGAAGUUUUACAUCGGACCUAUAGUAGAGGUAUGA